AUGAAGGUCGGUUUAAUCAUUCCUAUAGUCACUUCGUUAGCGGCGGCUACGAGCCUGAGGGGACAUGGUUUCAUUGGAUACGGUAUAUCUAUGUACGAUCCGAUCUGCGCCUACGCCUGCCGCAAUGCUAUAAGUCUAUAUCAGCUUAGCUGCUCUGCUACUAUAGACCAUAACAGCAUGAAAAGGCACUACAAUCUGGGUUUUAUGACUUCAGACGAUUGCUACGCAACAGAUGAUAAUUUCCUCCGCAGUAUUGCCUACUGUAUCAGUACUCACUGCUCUGGUACUCCUCUCUCCGAUCUCGAACAUUACUGGACCAACUUCCUCACAAGCCAUAAGCCCGGCCAGAAUAGCCCAAAGGAAUCGUACUCUAUUACUCUAGCUCAUAUUGAUCCGCCACCGGCCGUCGUGGUUAACCCUACGUCGGUACUAAACCAAACUACACUGGUUGCCGAGGAAGAGUAUCUGCGCGAAUAUGAUCAUGUCUUCUCCUUCCAGCAGGCAGAAACUAGGCAGACCGAGUUUGGCUUUGCCAACUUUGCGCUCCUUGUGUUGUAUGCGGGCCGGAAUAAUAUACUCUUGUCUAUUACUGACUGGUCUUACUCGACAUUCCUCCUUCUUCAUCGCUGGGUCGCAAUCAUCUGCACGCUCGAAGCAUGCAUACAUGCCUCUAUAUAUUUAAAGGCAUACAUCGCCUUUGGCACAUUUGCUGCCGAGAGCAAGAAGACUUAUUGGAUAUGGGGAAUCGUGGCGGUCUCAUUAAUGUCCAUUUUACUUCCCACAAGCUCACUUCCCUUACGGCAGAAGUUCUAUAGCCUCUUCCUCACUUCCCAUUUCGCUUUCGCUUUUGUCGCUUUGAUCGGCUGUUACUUCCACGUCUAUCACCGAUACAUGAACCAGUGGGGGUACGAGACAUGGGUGUAUAUCGCCUUCGCUUUCUGGGCUUUUGAUAGGCUUAUGCGUUUUGCUCGACUCGCGCGUAAUGGAGUAAGAAAAGCCAAAGUCAAUAUUAUAGACGAGGACUACAUCCGCGUCGAUAUUCCAAAUAUUACCGGACAGGGCCAUGCAUAUCUAUAUUUCCCUACUCUCACUUGGCUCGUAUGGGAGAAUCAUCCAUUCUCCGUGCUGGGAACCAUGAUGGCCGAUGAGAUACAAAAAGCAUCUAGUGUGGCCACGUUCAGCGAAGAUACUAGUAUACCUUCAGGUGAUAUAGAGAAAGCACCAGCUCCCACGUCCACCACUGCCGCCGUCCAUUCAGGCGGUUUAACCUCUCCACAAACCAUGAGUCAGUCGUUCAAGCCAGGCUUAACGUUCUUUAUUAAUACUGCCGGAAAAGGUCUGACCGCCGCUCUCCGUAAAAAGAAGACAUUACCCGUUCUGGUCGAGGCCUCUUACGCCGCUACGUCGCUCGACGAACUCCGCGUGGUCCCAAAUUGCAUCCUCAUUGCCGGAGGUGUAGGAAUCUCGGCCGUGGUCCCAGUGCUCCGUACCCGUACCGGCCGUGUGCGUCUUUUUUGGGGUGUGAGGAAUAAAUCGCUAGCUGAGGCGGUGACGACUUCCUUAGGCCCAGACAUCCUAAUACCAAAUAUAAUAGGGGAGAUUGCUGUAGGAAGGCGAUUAGAUCUACGGGCAAUUCUAGAGCGCGAGGUCGUCGGGGACGGAGAGACAGCCGUCGUCGUCUGUGGGCCAAACAGCAUGGCGGAUGAAGUAAGAGCUAUUGUCUCUGAGCUUGGGAGAAAAGGUAGAGUGGUGAAGUUAAUUGAUGAGGCGUUUAGUUGGUGAAUAAGUUGGUAGAGAUUACAGCGCAACUUAUUUAAUGGACAUGUAUUGGCAAUUAAUAUAACGAUUUUGCCCCUUUUCCUAACCAGGACAUUCUACAUCUGAAUACCACCGUUUAGAU